AUGUCGACGCCAAAUCGAAGGCAGAGGGACUCGCAGUCCGCGACGCCUCGCCGUUCCACGCGACAAGCUGAGGCCGCGCAGAUGGUCUCGAGUCCUCUGUUCUACCAGUCCUCGCCAGCUCCAAGCCAAGGCAUGGAUGAGGUCAUGGGAGACGUUUCCUCGCCUCUGCGGCAGAUGUCGAACAGCCAGAGCACACAGAAUGCCAGUGGACCUGCGCCGAGCUCGCCAUUGAGGCAGAUGACCGAUACCCAGUCGACUAAUGGUGACGGCAAUCGGACUCCUCGAGCUAGCGGCGGCCUUGCGGGAGAAUCAUCUCCCAUCCGAUACGAACCAAGCUCCAGUCCCGGCCGAACACCAAGGCUGCAUUCGGAUCUGCGCAGUGAAAGCAGUGGCCUCUUUGUUGGCUCCAGUCGCGGCACACCCUACAGACGUGGAGAUAUAAACUCAGACACAGUACGGACGCCACGUGCUCCUCGACGUGUUAUUCUGGAUGAAUCUGGUCGAGUAAUGCGAGAAGGUCAGGUUCCGGGCUCUGAUGCUGCCUCAUUCGUAAACCGAGAUCCCAACACCUCUGAGGCCGAUAUCCUGGGUGGCCCUGGCCAGAGUCUUAUUUGGGGUACCACCGUGUCCAUCGAUGACACUUUCUCUACUUUCAAAGACUUCUUACGGCACUUCACUCUCAAGUACCGCAUGUACCGAGAUGGCCUUUCAGAUGCCGAGGUAAAUGCUUCGCCGGAUGCCGAAUCUAAGCCAUACUGGGAGGCUCUGCAGAACAUGCUGCUGCUGGGUACAACUCGACUCUAUCUCGAUAUUUCAGACUUGAACCUCUACCCACCGACACGAAAGCUAUGGCAUCAGAUUCAGGCCUAUCCUCAGGAAGUAGUCCCUGUCAUGGAUCAAUCCGUUCAUGACGUGAUGCUGGAGCUUGCCCAGGCUGAAACAAUGAGGAACCGGCCAUCUCAGAGCAGUGCCGGGCAGCAAGCUUCCCAGCGAAGCACACAGGGCUCUGAGCCGGUGUUCCCUAGCUCUGACCGGCCUGAUGAAGGCAUCACUCCUACACCCCGCCCUCGAGACGAGGACCCUACUUUGGAAGAUCAGGUCGCAGCCUCACUAUACGUCGUGCGUCCGUUUGGUCUUGACAAGUUGACCAACUUGCGAGACUUGAAUCCUUCCGACAUGGACCGCCUCGUUUCCAUCAAGGGCCUUGUUAUCCGUACUACGCCUGUUAUCCCCGACAUGAAGGAUGCAUUCUUCCGUUGUAACGUCUGCAAUCACUCUGUCAAUGUCGGCCUGGACAGAGGCAAGAUUCGAGAGCCCACCGAAUGCCCACGCACAAUGUGCGCCUCUAAAAACUCAAUGCAGAUUGUCCACAACAGAUGUUCGUUUGAAGACAAGCAAGUCAUUAAGCUUCAAGAAACCCCAGACAGCAUCCCCGCUGGACAGACACCCCAUUCGGUAUCUGUAUGCGUCUAUAACGAGCUUGUUGAUUUCUGCAAGGCUGGUGACCGCGUCCAGUUGACGGGCAUUUUCCGUGUCAGUCCUGUGCGGGUAAACCCUCGACAAAGGGCUAUCAAGAGCAUCUACAAGACCUACGUGGACGUCCUACACGUCCAAAAAGUCGACAAGAAGCGUCUUGGGGCCGAUGCAUCUACACUCGGCGUGGAAGGCGAAGAUGAGACGGAAUCAGGAAAGAAUGAGAUGGAGGAGACUCGUCGCAUUACGGCCGAAGAUGAGCUCAAGAUUCGGGAAAUAUCGCGCCGCCCUGACAUUUAUGAGCUUCUCUCACGAUCGCUGGCUCCCUCAAUUUACGAAAUGGAUGACGUUAAGAAGGGUAUUCUACUGCAACUGUUCGGUGGCACAAACAAGACCUUCCAAAAGGGAGGUAGCCCUAAAUACCGAGGCGACAUCAAUAUCCUGCUCUGUGGUGAUCCAUCCACCUCCAAGUCGCAAAUGCUUUCAUAUAUCCACAAGAUUGCCCCGCGUGGUGUAUAUACUAGCGGUAAAGGUUCAUCAGCUGUCGGUUUGACUGCGUACGUUACCCGCGAUCCUGAAACAAGACAAUUGGUCCUCGAGUCUGGUGCCCUGGUACUUUCUGACGGCGGUGUCUGCUGUAUCGAUGAAUUUGACAAGAUGAACGAGUCAACUCGGUCUGUGCUUCACGAAGUGAUGGAGCAGCAGACUGUUUCGAUUGCCAAAGCCGGCAUCAUCACGACCCUCAACGCUCGAACUAGUAUUCUUGCCUCUGCCAACCCAAUCGGUAGUCGCUACAACCCUGAUCUAUCCGUUCCGCAAAACAUCGAUCUUCCACCCACCCUUCUCUCCCGUUUUGAUCUCAUCUAUUUGAUUCUCGAUCGGGUUGAUGACAAGGCUGAUCGCCGAUUGGCAAAGCAUCUUCUGUCGAUGUACUUGGAAGACAAGCCCCAGUCAGCGCCUACCAGCGACGAUAUUCUCCCCGUCGAGUUCCUUACUCUGUACAUCUCAUACGCACGCUCCAACAUUCAGCCGGUGCUCUCGGACGAAGCAGCCCAAGAGCUUACCGACAGCUACGUUGCCAUGCGUGCUCUUGGCCAAGACGUGCGCGCCGCCGAGAAGCGCAUCACAGCCACCACUCGACAGCUCGAAAGCAUGAUCCGUCUCGCCGAGGCUCACGCCAAGAUGCGACUCUCCGAAGUUGUCACCCGGGACGAUGUACAAGAAGCGUACCGCCUCAUUCAAUCCGCUCUCAAGACUGCUGCCACAGACUCCGAAGGACGAAUCGACAUGAGCCUGCUCACAGAAGGCACAAGCUCUGCGGAACGGAAGCGCCGCAGCGACCUCAAGGACGCGGCGCUGCGACUGCUCGACGAGAUGACUGCCGGCGGAAACACCGUCCGGUGGAGCGACGUGUCUAGGAGGUUGGCCGAGUCUUCCAGCGUGCCUAUUGAGCAGGCUGAGUUUACUGAGGUGAUGAGGACUUUGGAGGCUGAGAAUGCCAUCAUGGUGUCUGGCGAGGGUGCGAGAAAGAGUGUUCGGAGAGUUACGGCCGUUGUAUGA